GUAGGCUCCCGGACAUGGGAUCAACGGUAGCUUCUAUCUGGAUUGAGUAUUUAUGCAAGCCACCAGCUGCAGAUGCUCGUCAGGUCGGUCGGAAGUACCCUGUACAUCGCGACCAUCUGGAAGAUAGGCAGGCUUUUGCCAACAGAGCUUCCUCUCCUAGGAAGGCUCUGGUUCCUACACUGUUGAUCGCUAGAUUCGAACAAGAAUUGGCUAGAACGGCAUUGGUCUCUAAUGUCCAUAAAAGCCAAAUGUCCCCUCAGCAUGAACAUCUCUAUAUCCCCAGUCCAACCUUCGUCAUGCGUUUGUUUAUCCUUGCUCUACCUUCUCUUGUCACUGUGGCCCUUACGGCACCAGCUCUUGCUCCAAGACAUGUCGUCCAUGAAAGGAGGGACCGUCUUCCCACACAUUGGGUCAAAAGCGCAACUAUGCACGAGGAUUCAGUGAUCCCUUUGCGUAUUGCUCUCACUCAAAACAACCUUCAUAGAGCAGAUGAAUUCCUCUUAGACGUGUCCCAUCCAGAUUCACCAAACUUCGGCAAGCACUGGACGGCAAAGGAGGUUGCUGAGAUGUUUGCUCCCAGCCAAGAAACAGUGACAGCAAUUUAUGACUGGCUCGCACAAUCUGCGAUUUCCAGAGACCGCAUCAAACAAUCGCAAGGACUGAACUGGUUGCACGCCAAUGUGACCGUUGCGGAAGCCGAGAAACUCUUGAGCACCAAGUAUUAUGAGUUCACGCACCUCGAAAGUGGCCAGGCUCAUGUCGCUUGCGAACAAUAUUCGGUUCCAGAACAUGUUCAACGGCACGUUGACUUCAUCAUUCCUACCCUUCACUUCGAUGCCCAGAUCGAGCCCAGAAAGAAGAAACGUGCGAUGGAUGCAAGCGAUAUAGCUCUUGCAAAGCGUCAGACAGCCGCAGCAGGCCACAACGUCCAACCAGGAAUCGGCCAUUCAAUCGGAUCCCCAGGAGACAAAUCAUUGCCCAAGAAUGGAGGUCGCAUUCCUUUCGGCACCAUCAUUGACCAGUUGGAGCAUUGUGACAAAUCUAUUGUCCCAAAUUGUCUGAGAGCGUUGUAUCAGUUUCCUCCCGCUUUCGUGGCGAACCCCAAGAACUCUUAUGGUAUUGUCGAGUACACACCACAAGCGUAUCUGCCAGGUGAUCUAGACAAGUUCUUCGCAAACUUUUCGCCCUCUGCUGUAGGUCAACGACCGAUCUUGAAUUCCAUUGAUGGGGGUUAUCUUCAGACCGACAGGCAGGCAUUCGGCUACAACGGAGAAUCUGAUCUCGACCUUCAGUACGCCAUGUCACUGGUAUAUCCUCAGAAGGUCACCCUGUAUCAAGUAGGAGAUAAUUACGAAGGUGCUUCGUUCAACAAUUUUCUCGAUGCAAUUGACGGAAGCUAUUGCACAUACCAAGGUGGCGAUGACCCAACUCAAGAUGCAACCUAUCCAGAUACAGAAGGAACAGGGCCCGGGGUCUAUAAAGGCCCUGAGAACUGUGGAGGGUUCGCUGCGACGCGAGUGAUUUCGACGUCUUACGGCUACAACGAAGCAGAUUUGACUCCAUUCUAUGAGAAUCGACAAUGCCACGAGUAUAUGAAGCUUGGUCUCCAAGGUGUCACAUUUCUAUACUCAUCGGGUGAUUAUGGUGUUGCUGGUAAUGGCGGCCAAUGUAUCGAUCCUGUUACAGGACAAUAUAACGCAGGUCAAUCUGGGAUGUUCAACCCGUCUUUCCCAAGUACUUGUCCUUACGUAACUUCCGUCGGCGCCACUCAAGUUAUUCCGGGUGCCAGCGUGACACAGCCCGAGCAAGCUGCAGAGAGUGUCAUUUACUCUGGCGGGGGGUUUUCCAACGUGUUCUCCAUGCCGUCGUAUCAAUCAAACGCGGUGAAAACCUACUUCACGCAACACAAACCCUCAUACGGCUCCGACCGCUACAAUACGUCUCAAAUGUCCCGUGGUUAUCCUGACGUCUCUGCCAAUGGUGUCAAUUACGUUGUGGCGGUCGAUGGGAACUUCAGCUACGUCUUUGGAACUAGUGCUAGCGCACCGACUUUCGGAAGUGUCGUCACACUGAUCAAUUCUGCUCGGUUGGCUAUCGGGAAGAGCUCAGUGGGUUUUAUGAACCCGACUUUGUAUGCUCAUCCUGGUGUCAUGAAUGAUAUCACAAGUGGCGGUAAUCAGGGCUGUGGAACCCCUGGCUUCCAAAGUGUGAAGGGUUGGGAUCCUGUCACAGGACUGGGAACUCCCAACUUCCCAAGGAUGCUAGCACUUUGGCUGGGGCUGCCAUGAUUUUUUGGCCGAGCCUUGUUAAGCACCAUCGGUGAGGGUAUGUGCAGGGGUGUGCCGGAUGUCACCGAAAAAUAAGCGAAAGUGGAGGACAAAUCAACAAACUGGUAAUUGAACAUAAUAAAGCAU